AUGUCAAAGACCAUCAAAGCCACUGCUGACGAUAUAUGGAAGAACAAGGUUGAGAAGAUUAACUCAGAGCUCUUCACCUUGACCUACGGCUCGGUUGUGGCGCAGCUCUGCCGCGACUUUCACAACGAUUACGUCCAGGUGAAUGCCCAGCUAGAACGCAUGGGGUUUAACAUCGGUAUCCGCUUGAUCGAAGACUUCUUGGCCCGCACGGGGCUCGGCAGAUGUCAGAGCUUCAAAGAGACAGCUGAGGUGGUAUCAAAGAUCGGUUUCAAGAUCUUUUUGAACGUGGUUCCUCUGGUGACAAACUGGUCAGGUGACGGGAAGCAAUUUUCGUUAGUGCUCGAGGAGAAUCCGUUAGCAGAAUUCGUGGAGUUGCCACAGGACGACAAGGCCAGCCGCGCGUUGUGGUACUCGAACGUGCUCGUAGGGGUCUUAAAGGGCGCCUUACAGAUGGUUCAGCUUGAGGUGGAUGUCGCGUUCGUCAAGGAUGUGUUGCGGGGCGAUGACGCCACGGAAAUACGCUUGAAGUUGAUCAAGGUAUUGCGAGACGAGGUCCCAGCCGGCGAGGACUAAUAUAGUGGGUUACUUAGUGUAUAUUAUGAACGUUUUAUAACGCGUAGCUGGAGAGAUACAACCACUGAUGAGGUAGAAAGAUUGAGAUGACAUUUAAGCCUCAUUAAAAUGGGUAAGGUAUGUUUGCUGGGGCCGACCUGAAAGACGCAAUGAGGAUGAAAAUGGGGCGACACUAAGGACUCUAAACAUUCAUAGAGUAUAGGGAUUGAGUCCGAAAAUAAGUUGCUUGAUUAUAUACACUCGCUACGGAAUAGUUUUGAUAUCUUUAUAAAGUGUUUAUACGUAUUCACCGCCUUCAGAUAUUAACUCCUUUGUCAUUAUGGUUUACUUUCUCCUUCUGAGGCGGGGACGAAAAGGCUGUACAACCCGGUCACUCAACGGAUAUCGC